AUGUCAUACUUCUUCUCCACACCCGUGGACAUCGAUAUUGUCCUCGAGGACUCGGACGACCGCCAGACCGUUGACGUGAAGCUCGACAAGAAUCGCAAAGAGAAGGUGCCGCUAUACCUCGAUGGAGAAUCUGUCAAGGGACAGGUCACCAUCAGGCCAAAAGAUGGCAAGCGGCUAGAACACACAGGCAUCAAGGUGCAAUUCAUCGGCACAAUUGAGAUGUUCUUCGACCGCGGAAAUCACCACGAGUUCCUUUCACUAGGUCAGGAACUGGCAGCACCGGGCGAGCUGCAACAUCCCCAAACCUUCGAGUUCAACUUCAAGAACGUCGAGAAACAGUACGAAUCCUACAAUGGCAUCAACGUCAAGCUACGCUAUUUCAUGCGCGUCACAGUAUCACGUCGUAUGGCGGAUGUGGUCAGAGAGAAGGAUCUUUGGGUAUACUCAUACCGGAUACCGCCAGAGACGAACAGCUCGAUCAAGAUGGACGUUGGCAUUGAGGACUGUCUGCACAUUGAGUUCGAAUACUCAAAGUCGAAAUACCAUCUUAAAGAUGUCAUAGUCGGGAGGAUAUAUUUUUUGUUGGUGCGGUUAAAGAUCAAGCACAUGGAGCUUUCCAUCAUCCGAAGAGAAACGACGGGAGCGGCGCCCAAUCAGUAUAACGAGAGCGAAACCCUGGUGCGCUUCGAGAUCAUGGACGGCUCGCCAUCAAGGGGUGAAACCAUCCCAAUCCGGCUGUUCCUGGGCGGUUUUGACCUGACCCCCACGUUCCGAGAGGUAAAUAAGAAGUACUCUACGCGGUACUAUCUCAGCCUAGUCCUCAUCGACGAAGACGCGCGACGAUAUUUCAAACAGUCGGAGAUUGUGCUCUUCCGACAAGCUCCCGAAGGAUUGACAUUAGCGCAGGAGCAGAACAAGCUCAUGGCAGUAUCUUGA